GAUCGCUGAGACGGUGUCUCUUUUAUCAGUUUUACCCUGAAGGAUAUAUUUUUUUGUGAACUGGGAUGGCUUGUACGACUAUGUAUUAUAUAAUAUAAAAACUACAUUUCUUUUCUUGUGAAACACAAUACGUUUUGUACAUAUCAAUAGUUAUUUACCUCUCAGUUCCUAUAGACAGGCUGCGUGAUCAUGGACAGCAUUGUGAAUUCUGAGAAAUCUCAUCUUAUUAACGAGAAAAAUGCGAAAAUGUAUUCUCUGAAACUGAAAAGCCCUUUUCCAGGGUCCAAGCCAGGAUACCCCAGCUUCCCAUUUGAGAAUGGGGAUGUACCGGGGGCCAUCGAGCUCAAACAACCCGUCGGUACCCACUGCCACGGCAACAGGGCCUCGGGUGGAGAAACCCCGGAGAAGCUUCUGGCUCGUAAGAAGCUGUACAUCGCUUCUCUUGUCUGUCUGGUCUUCAUGAUUGGGGAGGUGAUAGGUGGCUAUCUGGCCCACAGUUUGGCCAUAAUGACGGACGCAGCUCACCUCCUCACCGAUUUCGGCAGCAUGAUGGUCAGCCUCUUCUCCUUGUGGAUCUCCUCCAGGCCUCCCACCAAGGUCAUGAAUUUCGGGUGGCACCGGUCAGAAAUCCUGGGUGCUCUGGUGUCAGUACUGUCCAUCUGGGUGGUGACCGGAGUUCUGGUGUACCUCGCCAUCGAGCGGAUCGUCAGGAACGACUAUGAGAUCGAGGGUCGCGUGAUGCUCAUCACCUCUGGCUGUGCAGUCCUGGUUAACAUCAUAAUGGCCUAUAUUCUCCACCAUUCUACCACCUUCCACAACCAUGGCUCAGGGUACCACAAGAUCGAAGAGGGAGGCGCAAGCCCGGUUGGCCACUCCCACUGCCACGGCCUCCUGGGAGGUCACGGCAACACCAGCGUGCAGGCUGCGUUCAUCCACGUAGUGGGUGACCUGCUGCAGAGCGUGGGAGUGAUGGUAGCAGCCACCAUCAUUUACUUCCGGCCUGAAUAUAAGAUCGCAGAUCCCAUCUGUACCUUCCUGUUCUCUGUAUUCGUCCUGGGAACCACAAUCACGAUACUGAGGGACGUCUUCCGGAUAUUAAUGGAAGGAGCACCAAAGGGGGUGGAGUUUAACUCUGUGAAGGAGGUGCUGCUGUCACUGAGGGCAGUGAAGGCCAUGCACAGCCUACACCUCUGGGCUCUGACCUUGGGACAGACUCUACUGUCUGUGCAUGUGGCCAUAGAAGAGAAUGCAGACCCCCAGAGCGUCUUAAAGGAAGCCACGGAGAUCCUUCAAACCAAGUUUGGCUUCUACAGCACGACCAUCCAAGUGGAGCACUACACAGAGGACAUGGAACGCUGUGUCCAUUGCCAGGACCCCAUAGACUGAGGCCUUCACAGCUGCAGGUAGGCCUCUCAGAGGUAUGAGAGCACCUACUGCGGCUCGCCAGAGUCAAAGUCCCAUACUCAUUGUAAUCAACCACCAAAGGCAUUCCAAGCCAGAACUGGAAUCUACGUCUAAGAGCACCAACAUCGUAAAGUCGGAAAGUGUUUCAGUCCAUUGGCCUUUGUAGAGCUACAUCAAACGAGCUUGCUGCCACACCAAAGACAUUUGUCUGUCCAGUUUCUGGAAAACAAAAAUCAAAUACAAUACUGAGGACUAGUUUUGGUCUCUCAAAUGCGUAUUCACCUUGGCAGUUUGGUGGGGAAAUUCCUUAUUUGGCCAAUAUUGCUUUUUCCAUUAUGAUAACACACAGAUAUGGCGCAAGGACGGCUCUGAUUAUCUGGCAUGUUUUAGAAAAGCGACAGCGAAUGCACAAAAAUAGCACUGUGAUUACAAGGGGGCAGGAGAAAUGGACAUGGCAGUGAGAAAUAUGUGAAGGACACCAGCGUCUGCUGCUUGGGUUGAAAAGUUCACUAGACCCCUGGUCCUACUCCAGAUCAGAUGCUUAGGCGGGAAAACACAGUGGUGAAAUGUGCCUAUCGAAGAGUUUUUAUCAGAAAAAAAAAUGACACAAAAGUCCCCCUACACAAAAGGCGAAGAAUCUCAUUAGACACAUUACACACA